CACCCUGGCACCUGUAUGUCACGUGACGGUGUAACGCAACUCUGCUCCUCCUGCGCAAUGUGCGCAUUGUCUCCUGUCAUCUUGGCACACAGCACCCUGGACAGGGCAGGAAAAGUAUUCUCUGUCAUCCCCCCCAACCUCCGAAAGGUGAUUUUAUCUAACCAUGGGGAACAGAGACGACGAGUAUGAUUUCUUGUUUAAAGUUGUACUGAUAGGAGACUCUGGAGUGGGGAAGAGUAACCUGCUGUCCCGUUUCACAAGAAAUGAGUUCAACCUGGAGAGCAAGAGUACCAUUGGGGUGGAGUUUGCCACCCGUAGCAUCCAGGUGGAUGGCAAGACGAUAAAGGCACAGAUCUGGGACACAGCUGGACAGGAACGCUACAGAGCCAUCACCUCAGCAUAUUACAGGGGCGCAGUCGGGGCACUCCUAGUUUACGACAUCGCCAAGCAUUUGACAUAUGAGAACGUUGAACGCUGGCUGAAGGAGCUCAGGGACCACGCUGACAACAACAUAGUCAUCAUGCUGGUUGGAAACAAGAGCGACCUCCGUCACCUCAGGGCAGUGCCCACUGAUGAGGCUCGAGCUUUCUCAGAAAAGAACACCCUGUCAUUUAUUGAGACGUCAGCUUUGGACUCAACAAACGUAGAAGAAGCAUUCAAGAACAUUUUAACAGAAAUCUACCGCAUUGUGUCACAGAAGCAGAUAGCGGACAGAUCUGCACACGAUGAGUCUCCAGGCAACAAUGUUGUGGACAUAAGUGUCCCCCCAACCACUGAUGGUCAGAAGGGCAACAAACUGCAGUGCUGCCAGAGCCUGUGACCAUAAACUCCAUGACACUCAUCCUCCAUCUUCCCACAUCCACCCUGACAUCCCAUUACCUGAGCACUUUUCGUUGCCCUAAUCACGACUGACUUCCCCGUCACUGUCCUUUAUGCCUUUUUUUCUGUUUGAUAUAAGACUUUUGAACUCACUUGUGCUCUUCUCUUCUGCCAUGAAAGAAAACUUUAAGAAGCCUUUAUGUCAGGUGGUCGGUAGAGUCGUUCAUGGAGUCACUGCAAAGGUGAAGAAACAAGGCGGCGUCCGCUGCCUCAUGAAAGCCUGUGCUGUGAGGUAGUUUGAACUGAGCUGAACUGAAACUCUAUGUACAGGGAGGUUGUUAAACACAUUUCAAAGGUUACCACUAGAUGGUGCUGUGUAAAUAACCCACAGGCAGUAACUCCAACCUUAUGAAGCAGUAUUAUGUGUUAUGUGGUUCUGACAACAGAUAAGUUAUCAUGCCAAAAAAUGUCCUCAUUAUGUAUUUAUUGUAGAAUAUUUGGCUUAAUUUUGCAUUGUUUUACUUUAAAUUUAAGAACUGUUAAAAUUUACAAUAAAAUGCUUAAAAAAUGAA